AACUCACUGGCCGGUCUGAAGAUGGCAACUUUAACCAACGGGCAGGUGGACGGCUCGGUGCACGGUGUGGUCUCCGCCAACACGAACGGGCUCGUGAACGGAUUAAGCCACAGCCACAGUCCGGUGGGCUGCCCGGCCACCAUCCCCAUGAAGGACCACGAUGCCAUCAAACUCUUCAUCGGUCAGAUCCCCCGCAACCUGGACGAGAAGGACCUCCGGCCCCUCUUCGAGGAGUUCGGCAAGAUCUACGAGCUCACUGUGCUGAAGGACCGCUUCACGGGCAUGCACAAAGGCUGUGCCUUCCUCACCUACUGUGCCAGAGAGUCGGCCCUGAAAGCCCAGAAUGCAUUGCACGAGCAGAAGACUCUGCCAGGGAUGAACAGACCAAUCCAGGUGAAGCCAGCAGACAGCGAGAGUCGAGGAGAAGACAGAAAGCUCUUUGUGGGCAUGCUCAACAAGCAGCAGUCAGAAGAUGACGUGCGGCGCCUUUUCGAGUCCUUCGGCAGUAUCGAGGAAUGCACCAUCCUCAGAGGUCCUGACGGAAACAGCAAAGGCUGUGCAUUUGUAAAAUACUCUUCUCAUGCUGAAGCUCAGGCAGCCAUCAGUGCACUACACGGCAGCCAGACAAUGCCUGGUGCGUCAUCCAGUCUGGUGGUGAAGUUCGCCGACACGGAUAAGGAGCGCACCAUCCGCCGCAUGCAGCAGAUGGCUGGUCAGAUGGGCAUCUUCAACCCUAUGGCCCUGCAGUUUGGAGCCUACGGAGCCUACGCUCAGGUGCAGCAGCAGGCAGCACUCAUGGCGUCUGUAGGUCAGCAAGGCUACCUCAGUCCGAUGGCGGCCUUUGCUGCUGCCCAGAUGCAGCACAUGGCGACCAUCAAUGGCAUCCCAGGAGCACCGAUGACCCCGACGUCAGGCGGCAGUACCCCUCCAGGCAUCAGCGCCCCCACAGUGACCAGCAUCCCCUCCCCCAUUAGUGUAAAUGGUUUUACCGGCAUGCCGCCCCCCCAGGCAAACGGGCAGCCUCCCGCAGAGGCUGUCUUCACCAACGGGAUACACCAUUACCCUGUGUUGCAGGAGGUGGUUUUUAGGGAGGACUCGGAGAAAAACGGAUUGGGCGUGGCUCCGCGGAGUUGUUUUGGGGUUCAGGGUGGCUGCUUCCUGUCCUCUCUCUCUGAAGCUCAAAGUCCCACUGCAGCUGAUCCUCUCCAGCAGGCUUACACAGGAGUCCAGCAAUAUGCAGCCUACCCUGCUGCAUACGGCCAGAUCAGCCAAGCCUUCCCCCACCCUCCACCCAUCAUUCCACAGCAACAACGAGAAGGACCAGAGGGUUGCAACCUGUUCAUCUACCACCUCCCUCAGGAGUUUGGGGAUGGAGAGCUGAUGCAGAUGUUCCUGCCUUUCGGUAAUGUCAUCUCCUCCAAAGUGUUUGUGGAUCGGGCGACAAACCAAAGUAAAUGCUUUGGGUUUGUGAGCUUCGAUAACCCAGGCAGUGCCCAAGCUGCCAUCCAAUCAAUGAACGGCUUCCAGAUCGGCAUGAAAAGACUCAAGGUGCAGCUGAAGAGGCCAAAGGACGCCAACCGCCCCUACUAGCCCCCCGCCCCAGCCAGCCGCCGCCACCCUGGCGGCCGGGGCAGCCGUCGCACACAGGGAAAGACAGGUUUUGUUGAGCUGAAUCAUAUGUUGACUUCUUGCUACCCGCCACUGAGUGCAAACUCGACAUCUGGACCACUGAGGCUGCUUCAGAAAAACAGAGGAGAGAGAGAGAGCGAUGACCGAGUCAAGGACGCCUCCUUUUGGAUGUACUAAAACUUUGGAACUCAGAGAGAAUUUGUACCAGCCUGGUUAGCCCCAGGACCUUUUUUCUUCUGCACACAUAUACACACCUCCUCCCCCCACAAAACCCUGCUUGAAUGACAGCUACCUUUUUUCUGGACCACAAAAAAACUUUUACUUGAACAAUGAGGAGAACAAAACAGUAAAAGUAACUCGAUCAAACCUCCUUACAAUGACCAACCCUACUGAACUCUUAAAGGGAAUACGGAUGUCAAAAGUCCAACAAGAACAAAAACUUUUUAAAAACUGAAAAGAAGAUUGCCGUAGGAGAUCUUUCCGUAAGAUGGUUUGAGUUUGGGGCAAUUGACUUUUGAAGACCAAUUUAUAAGACUUGAAACACGAAGGGACAAGAAAUUCUCGGCGAGAGAACUUAAGUAGGGAAUGUGAUAUUUUCAGGACACAAAUUGGCUUCGAUUUGGGAUGGCCAUCUUUAGCUUGGAGUGCCUGUCCGUUUCCAGGGGAUACCGUUGCCAAGGAGAGCCAUAGCAACGGUCUCCAGGGAGUCUUACCUGUCAUUCCUUAGUUGUUUUAGGGACCAAAAGACCAAACGUUUUUAUUGCUGAGGACUUGUAGCUCUAAUAUACUCGGACCACUGCAUCUCCUUCAGUCAGUGUAUACUGGUUGAGGAGUUGCACUUAAAAGAAGUGUACAUUUCGAAUAUAUACAACACAUGUAUAUAUACAUAUAUAUUGCUGAUAUGCUUUUUUGAAUACAGGCAAAACUAUUUCAGAUGACCAAAUGAGGUCUCUCACUUCGCUAGUUUACAAUUACUCAAAAUGUUUAUUUUUUUCUCUUCUCAUUUUGUCUUGGGAGGGAUGGCGAGUGCAUGGGAGGGGCUGCUCCGUAUCACAGCCUUAUCUUUUUUAACUUGACAUCCUAACCUCAUAGAUAGAAUAACAUCAGAAACGUUUGAAAUAUAUGAACUUGUUUAUAUUUGCAGUACAUAUAUAUGUAUAACAAGCAUUCAAGCAAAUGUAUUCAUAUAUACAGUAUAUAUGGAUAAAUAGAUAUUAAUCACAAACAAAUAUAUGUAUUUAUAUGCACAUAUUUUAUAUAUGUGUGUCUGUAUAUAGAACGGCUACUGACUAUGUUGAGCUGUAAUUUUUUGUAGAUUUUAGCUGGAGUUUGAAACAUUGCUCUGCUUGGGAAGAAUCGCAAAUCUGGCAGCUCCCAAAACUGCAGGCAUUCCUAUCUCUGAUUAACUAUAUGCUGACACACGAUAUAUUGCUAAAAGAUACAUGUGUGAGAAUGCACACAUGGUGUAAAUAUUAUCUGAAAAUGCAAAAAGCCACAUCUCAGUAGCAGGCUUUAAGAGAAUCAGGCUAAAUGAUUUUAGAGGAAAAGGACAAUUAUCUUCGACUCUAUUCCAAACAUAUCUUUUGAGCUUACACACACACACACACACACACACACACACACACACACACACACACACACACACACACACACACACACACACACAAACUUCUCUUUGAAACUUGAACCAAAAUGAAUACGUCUCACAACCCUUGCUCUCUUUUGCAUUCAGUAAAGUGCAUGUAGCGUAUGGGCUGUCACCAUGUCAAGGUGUGCCUUGUCACCUGCAGAAUCUGCCAUCAAGCACUGUGCUCUCAGAAAACAACGAAAGAAAAAAAAAAUGACUCAACACACACCACACCACUGCAAGCAGCCAACGCGCUAUUAUGAUGUCAAAACUACAGCCAGAUCCAUAUCCUUUGUCAGCAGCGUAGAGAGCUUCAGUGCAUGUCCAAUGUAACAAACCACCAGACAACUGUUGGCCAUCAAUGUCUCUGACAAAAAAAAAAGCAUUUAGAAAUAAUCAUGCGAUUACACUUCAAAUAAAAGCGGGCAUUAGGUAACCUGUUAGCACAGGUGCUAACUCUCAAAGCUGCGUGCUAUUUUCCACUGGUUGGAGUCACAUCUAGGGUAAAUUUCAGGGUUGCGGCUGACAUGACGUGUCGUGAUAUGAGAAGUGAUUGAGCUCAUCGGACCCGACAUUAGGUUUUAAUGGUUAUGAAGGUGAUGUAAUAUUGAUGAAUAUGGUCUAAUUAGAGUGCAGGCUUCCCGUCGAGCAGAAUACGGGAGGAUUUUAUGUACUUUCCCAUCCAGCAGUUAAUGUGUGGAUCUGCUGGUAAUACUUGACAUGAAGCAUAUCCUUUUGAAGAUGUUAUAUUGCCUUAUCCUCAUACAAUCAAAUAUAAAACAUAAAAGUAUAAUGAAACUGUAAAAUGAAGCAAUAAGAGUGAAAAGCCAUUUACCCAUAAGAACUGCUGUGCCACUGAGGCUGGUUUCAUAUUGCUUUAGUAUACAGUUUCUCAUAAAAGUCUACAAAAAUGGUAUGAACACUUACCAUACACCUGCAAAAGGUCAACGGACUUGGAUUUAUUGGUCCCCGAAUUCAACACAUAUUCUGGUGGAGAUUACUCAAUGAAUAUUUAUAUAUCUGAAUAUUUAUAAGGCUAUAUGACACUUUAGAAGACAAUGCUUCCUGUUGGGUGCUAUUACUAGUUUUUCCUAUAAAUUGCUCAUUAUGCCCUUUCCCUAGUGUCUGUGUGUAACCUUUUUAGCAGAUUGAAUAAUUUAACAUUUACCUUCCAAAUCCAGUGGGGCCAAAAGACGCCACUCCACAUCCCAGGAUGCCACUGUUUGUAUAUGCCACAUAACAAGGCCCCCACUGUGGCGUACAGUGUGAAACCAGAUGACCAUCAUGAUCAUUUUGGCCCCGACAGUAGCCGCCGUUGGUUAGUACAAAACGUCUGGCUGCCUUUGAGCUAACAGUAACAUCCAAAGCUAAAUGUCAUGUGUCUGGUGUCCCUGAUCGCCACACUGUGUGCCCUCUUUGACUGGCCCUGGCGCUGCUCUGAGGAAAUUGAAAAAGGUGUGGACACGGUGUGUGCUUUUUAAUGGUUUGUUUGAGCAAUCACUCAUGUCUUUCACGUAGCCCAUGUUGACAUGUUGAGGGAAGUGAGGGAGGGGAAGCAGAACGACCGCGGGAACUAGAAAGCCAAGCACCUCUUCUUCAUUUGCUCCAACUUUAAGCUGCAAGUUUACAUGAGAAAAAGUAAAAACAAAGUAUUGUGGUUCAAAAACAACAAGAAACAGAGCAGAAGUUUGAAUAUAAUAUAUAUAUAUAAAUAUAUACAUAAACCGAUGAAUAUACUGUAAAUUGUUUCCUUUUUUUGCUCUGUUUUCCUCUGUACAUAGGUUUGCAUAUUUUAUAGGACUUUUACUUCUAUCUACAAGGACUGGAUAAAGUACUUUAAAUACUUCAAAAAAAAUAUAUGAAUGAAAACAUGAUAAUGCUCAAUAAAACCAGGUACAAAAAAAAAAUAGUCGCUAGGAUACGGUACAAGCUGUAGGACCUGACCAAGGAGAUUUAUCCAGAAUACAGUCAGGGAGAGCAUUGACCUCAGUUAGAGCUUAGACACACAUUGACCUAUUUUAUAAAAUAAAAAAUACUUUGAUGGGUUAUAUUCAUUUAUCUAUUUAUUUAUUUAUAAGUCAUGUCUGAGAUAAUAUGCAUGCUUUCAUGGCAUUAUUUUUCUAUGAGUUGGUACGUGACCAAAUAGUUUUUAUAUGACAUGCAGGGGCCACUGCUGUGGUCCACAAAUGAUCAUCGUUCCUGUCUGCAGGACCAUGCCUUCAUGAUGGGGAAAAAAUGCUCCUAUUGACCAAGUGAUGUCAACAGAUUUGUAAUCAUUUAUUUAUGUCUUUAUUUAUUUAUUUUGUAUUUAUUUAUUUAUUUGUGCUGCUUGAUUCAAGAUCUGAGCUCUCUUAUUGCCACUGGUCUGUUGCUUUGUAUCACUACAUUGCAUAUUACCGCUUUAAGCAACCUCCGAAUUCAACACCUUCAAAGACUGAUUUUACAUUUUCCUGUUGCUGAUUACCUAUUCUAAACAAUGCAGUACUAUACUAAAGCCUUAUGUAUAUUUGUAAUUAUUAAUUCAUAUUGUUCUGUUCCUAAAAAAGUUAGCUUUGUUCAACGAUUGUUAACAAAUUACCAUUAGCGUCCAUUCUGAAACCUAGGUAAACUUUACAUAAUACAACUGUCCAAUCAGACGAGUAAUCACAAGAACAUAUGCCUUGAGGUCACUAUGAGUUGCUGCUAAUAUAUAAAGGAGCUAAUGUCUGAUGAAGUCCUAAUCACUGACUGCCUGCAAAAAACACCAUCUUUGUUUUUUUUAAUCCCCCUUCUCCCCUUUCUCCUCUUGCUUUGCAUUGUUUGACAGAGCUCUGAUCUUGUUCAAGCGAUGUGUUCUAACAAGAGUAAAAUUCAAUGAAAACUGCACUAUCUCAUCAGAAACUAUUGAGUUACUAUCAUUCUUUCUCAGUGCUGUUAUCAGUGGUUUUAUUUCUAAAGCGCAGUAGUGUUGCUAGAAUCACAUUUUCCUUCAUAUGGUUUUCAAAGUAUUCUGGAAAUCUAUUUCCCAAUUUCAGCACACACGGAGGGAGGGGAAAUGAAUGUUGCAUAUUAAGCUUUGCCGGGUUCCUGUUGAGCUAAGCUUCUGAUUGGGCAGUGCGCUUUAGGCUCCCGCCCCUUGUCUCUCCAGACUGCACCAUUCUCUGGUCCCCUGAACUCUUUUUUUGUAAUUUUAAAUGAAUGAUGCGUCUCAGCUUAGCCCAAUAAUAAAGCACAGUCUAGAAUAAAA